GCGUUGACGGGCAAUCUUACCACCGUAAUUAGUUCGAUCUUGAGUACGGCCAUAAGAAGUCUAGGACUCACUGAUUCUGAGUUUUGGGAAAAGGGACUGGAGAAACUAGCUCAGAUGCUUCUCGGAAACGGAUGUCUAGAAGCAGUACAACGCAACCUGCGCACGGUGAGCAGAUGGAAGGAUGGAGAUUAUGAAAGGAAAUCAGGAGUAGGAGGAAAAACGAUUCAUAUGUCUACUCUCCAGCGAAUUGGCUCCAAAGCUGCGGCCGAUACUAUGGAAAUGGAACAUUUGUACAAUCACGAAGGAAAGGACAACCCUCUUCAUUAG